UGUACAAUGAUCUUAGAAUGUUUACCAAAUAAAAAUGGAUACAAAGAUUGCUAGUAAGUGUCAAAAGCUUAUAGUGGCUGCGAUUGACUUUGGGACUACAUAUUCCGGCUAUGCAUUCUCAAUGAAACAUGACUGGGGUAAAGUUAUGACUAACGGCUGGCAGGGAGGGUCCCUCCUCUCUCACAAGGCUCCAACAUGUCUCCUUCUGAAGAAGGAUCAAUCCGUAUCGCUGUUUGGUUAUGAAGCAGAAGACAGGUACUCGGAACUCACAGCAGAGGAGAGUAAAGAUCAUGAAAAUUAUUAUUUCUUUCAACGAUUCAAGAUGAUUCUACACGAAGACGUGUCCGUCAGCAGGCAUAUACCAUGCAAGGAUAUAAAAGGAAAGACUCUGGAAGCUGGUACAGUGUUCAUGCACUGCAUCAAAUACCUUAAAAACCACCUGUUUGAGGAGAUUAAGAAAAGUGUAGUUGGCAUCCCAGAGGAAGACAUAGACUUUAUCCUGACAGUGCCUGCUAUCUGGGGGGACAAAGCAAAGAUGUUCAUGAGAGAGGCAGCUUUAAAGGCUGGAAUAAAAAAGGACCGUUUGAUCAUAGCAUUGGAGCCUGAGGCAGCAUCUAUCUACUGUCAGUAUUUACAGAUCGCUAAAGACGAUGCCUCGUCUGCUCUAGGAGUGGUCAGUGCUGGUACUAAAUACAUGGUCCUUGACUUGGGAGGUGGGACUGCUGACAUCACAGUUCACCAGAAAUGUGAGGACAAUACACUAGAGGAAGUCCUCCCCGCCAGCGGAGGUCCAUGGGGAGGGAAAUCUGUGGACGAUGCCUUCUUAAAAUUUCUGACUGAAUUGGCAGGGGAGAAAGUAAUGGAAGCCUUUAAGCAAAAAUACAUGGAAGAUUAUUUGGAAAUUAUGAGAGUGUUCGAAACAAAGAAAAGAACUAUAAAACCAAACAAAACAGGGAUGACAAAUAUGACAAUACCACAAGCCUUUUACAAGCUGUGUUCUGAAAUGCAUAAUGUAGGAGACUUUAAGGAAGUUAUUGAGAAAAAUACAAUGCAUAAAGGUAAUGUGAAAUAUGGUGGAGGAAAACUUAAGUGGAGUAAUGAAUACUUUGCCGGAUUUUUCAAGAAAACCAUUGACAGCAUUGUGAAACAUAUCGACGAAUUGUUUGAUGAGGAUAUGGUGAGAGAUGUAGAAAUUAUUGUUAUGGUUGGAGGAUUCUCGGAAUGCAUGCUUGUCCAGGAUGCCAUUAGGAAAAAUUUUGAACAUAAGAAAGUUAUCGUACCAGAAGAAGCAGGGUUAGCUGUUUUAAAGGGUGCUGUAUUUUUUGGCCAUGUUCCUGAUGCCAUCUCAAGGAGGUCAGCGAGGUAUACAUACGGAAUCCAGACAUGGCCAGAAUUUAGGCCAGGGUUUCAUCUGGAAUCGAAGAAGGUCAGCGUUCGUGGAUCCAUGCGGUGUCGAGAUGUAUUCUUCAAGGUCAUCACUAAAGGCGAAAAGAUCAUGCCAGGUUAUACUAAGUCCCAGAUCUUUCAAGCUCUUAAUAGCGAGGAAAAGUGCCUCGAAUGUGGCGUAUUUAUUUCUGAUCAGAAGAAUCCAACUUACGUCGAUGAACAUGGGUGCAGGUUACUUGGGGUUUUACAAGUUCCAUUAUCGUCUGAUGGCAAGCAGACAUCAUGUGAAAUAGAGGAAUCUUUAAUUUUUGGAGAGACAGAACUAAGAUUUAAAGCAAAGGAUGUUUAUACCGGUGUACAACGUGAAAUUAUGUUUGAUCUUCUGAAAGACUGAUCAGAUUAAUAUUAUUAUACUCUAACUAUAUCGGUUUUCUUUUCUGUGAUAUACUAGUAAACCAAUAUUAAAAUUCUCAUCUG